UCAAAAAUGGCUGCUGCUGGAAGUGAAGGUUCGCCAACAACUCCUUUAACACCAUCCACCAGUUCUUUUAAUUCCGAAAGGACCGUUUCAAGAUCCCCAUCCAUCGGAUCGGUGAAGGAUUUCCAAUGGCCAAGUUUGUUGGUGUCAAGACCAGAGAAAAAGAGAUACUCUAGGAAAUGUAAGGGUCGGGAUCCGGUAGUAAUAGAAAGGAGCAACCUGGUGAACAUCAGCAAACUGGUCGUUAAAGAGUUAAUCGAACAAUCUCUACGGUACGGUCGAAUGCUUGAUUCUGACCAUAUGCCUUUACAGCAUUUUUUUAUCGUUCUGGAACAUGUCCUGAGGCAUGGCUUACGCCCAAAAAAGGGCUUAUUGGGACCUAAGAAAGAAUUAUGGGAUAUCUUACAAAUGGUGGAGAAGUACGCCCCCGAAGCGCAGGAUAUCACUGCUAGCGUCAGGGAUUUGCCUACAGUAAGGACUCACAUGGGGAGAGCUAGAGCAUGGUUAAGACUGGCCUUGAUGCAGAAGAAACUUGCAGACUAUUUGAAAGUAUUAAUCGACCACAGGGAUGAAGCUCUGGCGGAAUAUUUUGAACCAGACGCUUUAAUGCUGAGUGAUGAGGCGAUUGUGAUAAUAGGCCUACUGGUUGGGCUUAACGUUAUUGAUUGCAAUCUGUGCGUCAAGGAAGAAGAUUUGGAUUGCCCGCAAGGCGUUAUCGACUUUUCUCUAUACCUCAGGUCGUCUAGUCACGUAUCCAGCGAUUCGAGCAACGAUGACGAGCAGGGCGAUCCGAUGACGACCGUUUUGGAUCAAAAGAAUUACAUUGAAGAGCUGAACCGACAUUUAAAUGCUACCGUGACGAAUUUACAAGCUAAAGUGGAAUCCUUGACGACAACCAACGCCCUCAUGAAGGAAGAUCUCGCCAUAGCCAAAAACAAUAUCUUCGCGCUGUACGAAGAAAACAAAAAGCUCAGGCAAGAGUGUGGGAAAGAUGUCUCUAAUUAUAUCAUGAGCACGAGUGGGAUGCAGGUCAUGACGGAUGGGGAUGGGGGCAGUGUAAAUAAAGUGGUAGCGGUGGAGGUGGAGGAGCUCAAGCAACGGCUGGACGAAGAGAGGAAGUUGCGGCAAGAGGCUGAUAAUGAAUUAGAAAUACAGAUGUGUUUGAAAGCUGAAAUGGAAGUUGCCAUGAAGCUAUUAGAAAAAGACAUUCACGAGAAGCAAGACACUAUAAUUUCGUUAAGGAGACAACUCGACGAUAUCAAACUGAUCAACCUAGAAAUGUACAAAAAGCUUCAGGAGUGCGAAAUGGAGCUGACGCAGAAGGGAGAAAUGGUGAGUCGUCUCCAGGCCAAGGCUGGACAAAUCGGCAAAAUACUCAAUAAUCUCGAAAAGUACAAUCACUUGUUGAAAGACGACAAAAAACAGUUGGACAGGAAACCGCCUGACAAAAGACAGGCUUCCAAUUCCAUUGCCAAAGCUGCUAACAAAGAGAACAUUCCCAAAAAUGUUCCCGUUGAUAGCAGCAUCGGCAGAGAGAGCUGUAGCAGUACCGAAUCGGAGCACAAAGAACCGAUGUCCUCGGAUUCUACUGAUUCUUUUGUUAAGCUCGACCUAGACUUGAAAUCGGAGGAAGCCAAAGAGUAGAAACAUGGAUGUGACGUUGAAAAUUUGAUGAUACUUCUAAAAAACAGUAAUUUUUUAUAUCGGAAAUUUUUUCGACAACUGUUUUUUCACAAUUUAUCCAUGCUUCACUAGUUCUAGUCAUUCUUGUACAAAAAACAGAUGCUAUGUUUAUAGAAAGUGUCCAAUUCACAUUUUUUUUUUAAUUUAGUUUCACGGUACAUUUUUUUUUGUUAUAUUCUAACUGUAAAGCGUUGGACCUGAAACGAUUUGAUAACGAUUGAGACUUUAGAGUGGUGCUGAAUAUACAAAAAAUUCCUAACUGAGAGAUUGGACACUUUUGAAUUUAUUUUUUACCGUGAAUUUUUUAUAAUGGAAUGGCGACUGUAUCGAAGACUGAGAAAUGCAGCUUUGGCUUAUUUUAGGAAUGCGAGGCAUCUUUAAAACAUAAAACCGAGUUAAUAUCCAAGUUAGAGGCUAAGGCGCAAUCAAUGAC